GGCGUGGCUCGGUGUCAGGCUCAGUGCUUCGCUCGCUGAGCUCCCGCUGCUGAGUAGCUACAGCUGUACCGGGCGGAGGAUACGAGCGACAGGAAGAUGAACAGAGGGAAACGGCGCUGAGACCCGCGGCCGAAAAUAACGAUCUUACUGGAGAGAUAUAAAGAAGACAAAAACUUGUAUACUCCCAAAGAACUUGGUCAUUCUUAUGGACUGGAACAGGCAUAGGCUCUGACAUGAAGAAAGACAUUGAAAGUCUAAUAGCUCAGGAGAGAACCGAAAUCAUAAGCAAGUAUGAGAAGGGAAGGCAGCAGGGAGCUCAGAUUGACCCGUGGGAGGAUGCUGACUUUGCUCUGUACAAAGUCACUGACAGAUUUGGAUUCUUACAUGAACAGGAGUUGCCGUCAUGCAGCGCUCUGGAGGAGAAGCAAAAGUUGCAGGAGAUAGAACGUGUGGACAAAUGGCUGAAGAUGUUGAAAAAAUGGCCCAAGUACAGGAACAGUGAAAAGAUGUUCCGCCGUGUGUACAAAGGAAUCCCAUUGCAAGUGAGAGGUCAGGUCUGGUCCCUGCUAUUGGAUGUCGACGUGAUGAAAUCUGCAAAUGAAGGAAAGUAUGAGAAAAUGAAAGAAGUAUCCAAGAUAUAUUCAACGGAAAUAAAACAGAUAGAUUUGGAUGUGAACCGCACCUUCCGCAAUCACAUCAUGUUCCGGGAACGAUACGGAGUCAAGCAGAGGGCGCUGUUUGAUGUGCUUUCAGCAUAUUCUGUCUACAACACGGAAGUUAGUUACUGCCAAGGAAUGAGCCAAAUAGCAGCUGUGCUGCUUAUGUACUUGAAUGAAGAAGAUGCUUUCUGGGCCUUGGCACAGCUUUUGACCAAUCAAAGACAUGCGAUGCAUGGGUUUUUCAUCCCCGGUUUCCCAAAGCUCCAGCGAUUUCAGAGUCAUCAUGAACAGAUCCUAAGCAAGGUGUUUCCCAAGCUCAAAAAACAUAUGGACAAGGAAGACAUGUCAACUGGCAUUUAUACCACAAAGUGGUUCCUACAAUGUUUCUUGGACAGGACACCAUUUACUCUCACUUUGAGGCUGUGGGACAUUUAUAUCCUGGAAGGAGAACGAGUGUUACCAGCCAUGGCUUAUACUAUAUUAAAGCUGCACAAAAAACGUUUGCUGAAGAUGUCUAUGGAAGAUCUACGAGAAUUUCUACAAGAAAAAAUUGCCAGAUCUCUAAGCUAUGAUGACGAUAUUGUGGUUGAACAGUUACAGACAUCAAUGGCUGAGCUACGCAAGAUGAAGCUUGAGCUUCCUCCUCCAGGUAAGGCUGAGGAAUUCCCCAAACAGACACUAGGUCAAGACAUCCCUGUUAAUCUUCUUCCAGUUGUGCCUUGUCAGAGUAAACCAGUGUGUGAAAGUACCCCAGAGACCACAAAGCAGCUUCCCACAGAUAUCAAUGAGAAUACUUCUAAGACAGGUGGCAAAGACAGCAACAGUACAAUAAUUAAGGAACAUAAUGGUAAAUCUAGACCUGUGCCCGGUGAAGACGUGUUCAUUGAGCAGGAGGACAUACCAAAAAAUGACAAAGAUCUUAUGAUUCAGCAGUAUGCAUUGACAAGUCCAGAAAAACAGCCACAAACGGAAAUAAAGGGUGGAAUUGCAAAUGAAUCUCUUCACAAUGAUUUACAGGUACAUAUGUUAAAAAAAGCCAUGGAGUUGGCUGCUCAACCACAGUCAGUGGAUAGUGGAGUUGAAAAUAAGCUGGAAAAUGGUUCUCUGUUUUGCACGUCAAUAAAUUCUGCUGAGCAUGAGUCGCCAGAAUGCCCACAAGAUGGUAAAGAAACCCAAGUAGUGAACACUCCAGCACCAAAAGACAGUGCCAACAAUGGUUCCCUAAAAUCUCACCAAGACAGCAGUUUAGCCGAAAUACCUUCUCAGUCCACAGAGGAUAUACAAGCAGAGGAAUCCAUGCCAGAGACUUUUGCUUCCACACAAAAUCAAACUAGUAUUUCGUCUACUUGUAAGGAUUUCGGAUCUUGUGAUUCACUGUCUUGGUCUCAAGGGAUAAAUACCUAUGUACCACAAAAAUGUGAUCUCUCCACUUCUCCUCUUGUUAAAGAAGAAAGUACUACUUCAGCUGGUGCAGCAGAAAUGGUAUCCCUUUUUCCUCCUGGUUUAGAAAACGAAAGGCGCCCUUCUAAUGCUUCCCAGUACGAUAACAUGUUAGGUUUGGACCAGACAGAAUGGCCUUCGUGCCCAACAGAUGCGUCCUUGCAUAAUUUAGAAGCAGAAGGAUGGCCAACUAAUAUUUGCAAUGUCUUAAAUUCGUCUAUAGAAAUUACCAAAGACACAGACAAGCUUCCAGAGCUCACACCUGCAGUGAGGUAUAGCCAAGCACCAUCGGGAAGUGUGCCUACAUUACUUGUUACCCAUAUUGACCAACAACAAACAGUUACUACCCGUACGGGCUCUGCUCCAUCUAUACCUGACAAUUAUACCCCCUGCCAGGUAGUAAAGAGCAUCACUCCAGUACGAGUGUCGCAUGCCACUUGUGAAAACUUUCAUAAUGGGAAACAGAAGGCUCUUCCAUUGCUUGAUAGUUCAGAACAAGUUCUUUUGUUGCUCAAUCAUAAUAAACCUGGAAAAUCUGACGAGAUAGAUACCAACUCUCCAGUUACUAACAGGAAUGGUCUGUCAGACUUCACAAAAAAGCCCCCGCCUCCCCCGCAGAGCUCCAAGCCGAAGGUGCCAGCAAAAUACCCGUCCGUUCAAAAAGCCAAUUCAGAGAACAAUUUCAUGUCGGGACAUCAAAUCAUGACACACAUGUCAAAGUCGGUGACAUUCUGAAGAGUUCACAUGAGGUGGUGCCUGACAUUGCAUUUUAUCUGUAUUUCAUUGUGCUGUGCAUUGUGGGAGCCAUUUUUUAUGCAGGACAUAAAAAUAUAGGUGUGAUCCAUUGCAUAAGAACUUAAUUUUUGGCCCAAAUGGAGGUUGUUCAGCUGCGCUGGUUUGUCUGGCUGGACUCUUUUUUUGUUUUGUUUUUAUUUGUUUUAUAUAAACGAAUCACAAAGUGCUUUCUUUUUUUUUUCUAUUAUCGUGUAUUGGUUGUCUAAAAGACUAAUAUAAAAUCUUGCUUAUAUUGAGAAUAUGCGCAACAAGUCAUAUGCUCAAUAUAGUCUAUGGGUGAGAAUGGUUUUUGUACUGACAGCAAGUUUAUUGAAAAUAUUUUUUUGCUGUCUGGUCUGAAAAAGCAUUUCCAGAAGUGAAGCGUCUAUACAAGGGACAAAGUGAUAAAACAUUGUUAUCUUCUCUUGCAUUUACUUAAACAAAAUCAAAUUAACAGUGGUAUUGUCUACUUGUGUAUGGAACCUCUCCAUUUUACCAGCACUUCUUAUUAUUCCUCGCAACUCUAAUUUUUUGGUUCCUUAAACUUUUCCAGCAAAAGGUGGUCCGAUGGUAUUUUAAGGAAGGCACAAUAGGUAAGUAAAAUUCAUCAGAGAAGGACAGGUAACAUUCACCUAUGGGGAAACAGCCCAGUAAUUAAGAUGUUCAAGACACAUUUGCAUGACAACUACCUUGGAUCACCUCCACGUUAUGCAUUCCUGUCCAACAAACAUGCAGCAAAAGGAUGAAUGCAAAAAGGAGCACAGAAAAAAUCCAAUCAAGGUACAUUCUGUCUAAUGUCAAUAUUAGAAGUAAAACACAAACAAAAA